AUCAGUAGUUCCAAUUUAGCUAACCAUACUUCUAAUAAUAAAAAUGAAAUUCUUCGUCGCUGUUUUGUUCGCCGUCGUUGCCUUGGCUGCCGCCGAUGUCAGCCACUUGAACAGAAAUUACUUGCCACCUCAAGCAGCUGCCAGCAGUACUCAUGAACAAUACGAAUCGGCUCCUUCAAGCUUUAGUUCCAGCACUGAUACCUUCAAAUCUGAAUCCAGCUACUCUGCUCCUGCAGCUGCAUCAUCUUUCACCUCCAAGCAAUACUCUGCUCCAGACAGUGCUGCCAGUUUCAGCAGCCGUUUCUCUUCUGACUCCAGCUCUGACAAAUCUGGCUCCAGCUUCUCUGCUCCCGAUAGUGCAGCUUCCUUCACCUCUUCCAAGACCAGUGAAUACAAAGCUCCUGCUUCCAGCUCCUUCAAGUCUGGUUCCAGCUACUCUGCUCCCGAAUCUGCAGCUUCCUUCAGCUCAUCCAAGACUACCGAAUACAAAGCUCCCGCUUCCAGCUCCUUCAAAUCUGACUCCAGCUACUCUGCUCCUGAAACUGCUGCUUCUUUCAAUACCUUCAAAACUACUGAAUACAAAGCUCCCGCUUCUAGCUCUUUCAAAUCUGACACCAGUUUUACUGCUCCCGAAACCACCAGCUUCUCUACAGGUUCCAGCUACUCUGCUCCCGAAUCAGCUGCUUCUCACACUGCUCCAUCUUACUCCACCUCUUUCACCGAUUCCAGCUUCUCUGCUCCACAAGCUGCUGCCUCUGGUGUCGAUACCCAAUAUGCUCCUAAUGGUGGUUAUGUCUACUAAAUUUUGAAAAUCUAAAAACGUCA